AUGACGAUUAUCGACAUUUUGUCGCAUCGCUCUGGCAUACCACGCCAUGACUGGGUUUGGCUUGCUAAUAUAACGCUCCAGGAAGCGGUACAGUCAAUGAGAUAUCUUCCCUUUACGGCCUCUCCGCGAUCAGAAUGGCAGUAUUGCAACCUUAUGUACAGCGCAGCUUCCCACCUUAUCGAGACAGUGACGAACCAGUCCCUGGAGUCUUUUCUACGAGAUAAUAUCUGGUCGCCACUGAAUAUGACCGAGACUUAUCUCUCCCUCAAUGAAGCUCAAAGUGCACAACGAGAUAUUUCACAGGGGUUUUAUCUCAACCAAGACGGCAAGAUUACCUCUACUGAUCGUGUGUUUAUCAAAACUAUUCGCGGGGCAGGUAAUAUAUUGUCGUCCGUUUCAGACUAUGCGAAAUGGGCUUCAGCCAUGCUGAAACGUGGGCCACCCUUCUCUCCAUCGGGUUAUGCGACAUUGCUCGGCAGCCAUUCUAUCGUAUCACGAAAUCCCAUUGAGCCAUUCCAAACUCCAACGCUUUAUGGACUAGGAUGGAUGUCACAAGCAUAUAAGGGCGAGGUGAUAGUAUACCAUGAGGGAUCCCAGUUCGGGUACGGAGCGUGCGUUAUGCUUUUACCAAAGCGGAACUUCGGACUUGUGCUGUUAGGUAACAAUAUGAACGGUGUUAAUGCUGCGGCAAAUUUGCUUGCUUAUCACCUGAUCGAUGGGGAAUUGGGUGUCCCUCCGGAAAGCCAAUUUGACUGGGCUGCAAGAGGAGAUGCCUUGAUUAACGACACACAACUUUCCGACGACUUCCUAUCAAAGCUUUACCCAAAGAUCCCCUGUCCUCCCUUACCAAGCCCUCUCAACUUCUCUACUUUGGAAGGAUCCUACAUACACCCAGCUUACCCAGACUUGGUGUUAACAAGCAACUGCACUGGGAACGAUAGAAACUACAAGGGGCUAAAUCGAACAAUCCCCGAUCUGUGUGCCUCCCUUGUAAAUUAUAAUGAGUAUUCAAAAGACAUGGCAAUUGAUCUUUUCCAUAUAACCGGCACUCAUUGGCUUCAAAUCGCAGUGCGGUGGGGUGUUCCCAGUGCCGCUCGAGUCGAAUUUCUGGUGAGUCCUGACAGCUCAGUGAGAUGGCUCGGGAUUGGGAUCGAGCCUUCAAUGGCAGAACGAGAAGAAAAGAUCUGGUGGAAACAUGUGUUGUGA